UUACCCGCAGCAGCUGUCAACAAUACGCCUUCGCCAGAUGUUCACGUGCGUUUCAAUACGUGAUUAGUAUGUAAUAUCAAUGCUUCUGUGAUACAGUGAAUGGAACAAGUUCUAAUUUUAUAACUACAAACUGUUCUUCAGAUUAGAUAACGGGUAAGGAUGCCAUAUGAGGUGGAGACCGUGAUCAAGCAUGCAGCGUUGACAGUGGGGGAGGGUCCGCACUGGGACGAGGCCACCCAGAGGCUGUUGUAUGUAGACAUCAAUGAAGGGGAUGUGCACAGGUGGGACCCCGUCACAGCCAAGGAUGAGAAAGUACACCUGGAUGGCACAGUGGGCUUUGUGAUCCCUCGGAGCAGUGGUGGCCUUGUGGUGGGUUUGAACCUGAGUGUUGUAUGUUUGGACUGGGAGAGCGGAACCACCACAACCCUGGCAACAGUGGAGGAACGCCAUGACAACCGACUAAAUGAUGGCAAAUGUGAUGCUUCAGGAAGGCUAUGGGCAGGAACCAUGAACACAGGGAGCCCCAGGGUACAGGGGGUGGGGAAUCUGUACUCCCUGGGGACAGACGGACAGCUGCAGCGCCAAGUGGACGGGGUCACUGUGUCCAAUGGUCUGGCCUGGUCAGCUGAUAACAAGACCAUGUUCUAUAUCGACACACCUACCCGCCAAGUGUGGGCAUAUGACUUCGACCUUGAGAAAGGCACCCUGGCAAAUCAGAGGGUCGCAGUGGACUUCCAGAAGACUCCUGAAUUUGACGGCACCUUGGUCCGGCCGGAUGGGAUGACGAUCGACACGGAUGACAAUCUGUGGGUUGCCUGCUUGAGUAUCGGGUCCAUGUCACAGUUUGACUCCAGAACAGGCCAACUGCUGCAGCGGGUGGAGCUGCCGAAUGCCUCCAAGAUCACGUCAGCGUGCUGGGGUGGACCAGACCUGGAUCAGCUCUAUGUCACCAGCCUCGUAGCCAACUUCACCGAAGAGCAGCUGAACACCACAGAGUCACUGGCGGGAUCUGUUUUCAGGGUUACUGGACUUGGCGCUAAGGGGAAAGUUGCUUCAGUGUUCCUGGCAAUGUCGGGGUCUGGAUCCUACAAGGUAGAGACGGUGAUCAAGCAUGCCUGCACCACCAUAGGCGAGGGCCCUCACUGGGACGACGCUUCGCAGAGUCUCUACUACGUGGACAUCACCAACGGUGAUGUGCACCGCUGGGACUCCAACACCGGCGUCGACAGUAAGAUCAAUAUGGGUCCGUUCGCUACUCUGGUGAUCCCAAGGAAGAAGGGGGGCGUGGUCGUGGGACUUGGCCGGAAGCUGGUGUCGGUGGACUGGGACACGCAGGCUUUGGAGACGUUGGUGGAGGUGGAUCAGGGCACAAGCAACAGGUUCAACGACGGAAAGUGUGACCCCAGAGGAAGACUGUUUGCAGGAACCAUGGGCAAAGAGGUGGCGCCAGCUCAGCCAGAGAUGGAGAUGGGGACUUUGUAUUCUCUCGACACCAACGGAGACCUCAAGACACACGCCAGCAAAAUCAACAUUUCCAACGGCUUGGCCUGGAGCGCCGACAGCCGCAUCUUAUACUACGUCGACUCCAUCCCCGGCAACAUUUUCGCCUUCGACUACGACAUCAAUACGGGAAACACAUCCAAUCAGAGGUCAGUAGUGGACUGUGGUCCUGAGCGACGAUUCACAUACGGGUUCCCGGACGGCAUGACGAUCGACACGGAGGGGAAACUCUGGCUGGCAUGUUACAGCGUCGGCAAAGUGGUCCGAUUCGACCCCGAGACAGGCAAGGAGCUGCUGACGAUCGGGUUCCCGGGGGCCACCAGGACCACGUCCUGCUGCUGGGGAGGCAAGAACCUGGACGAACUGUACGUCACCUGCGGGAAGGAGGGAGUCUCGGACCGACAGUUCCAGACCUGCGACAACCUGGCGGGGUCAGUGUUCAGGGUGACAGGUCUCGGCUUCAAGGGAACGCCAGCAAACGUGUUCGAGGGAUGAGACACCGCAGCAACUGUGUAUUUUAUAUGAAGACUGACUGUUUGCCUGCGUUAUAAUUGAACCCUCGAGUUGGCUUUGGAACCUACUUGUGUAUGAAGGAAUGUGUAUCCUGUAUAUUUAUAUAUAUGUGUGUGUGUCUGGGGGGAAGUUGUGGCAGGUUUGGUCGUUGUGGGCCACGAUACCAUUGAGUAUUUGUCGUAAGGUUUUAUUCUUGCCAUUUCUUAUACACAAGAAAGCCUUGAGAAGACGGUGCCUUCUAGUUCACAUUUGGGUACUUUAUACAUUUGAUGCUCAUAUUUAACAGUUACAUGUGCUGGUGGUCAGGGAUGUUGUUUUGAUAUCACGCUUAUUGUGGAAUAAAUACAGAACGUUG